CGCGAGAUCUCGUCAAAAGUAAACAACACAUGGAAGAGAAAAUGCCGGUGAAGAAGGUCACACAUAACCGCUGUUUUAUAUAAGUUUUACAUUGAAUUUACAAACAAUAUUUAUUGGAUUAUACACCUCAGAUAUGGCAGAAUCUUAUAAGUUUGGAUAUUGGGGUAGUACAAGCGAAGAACUACUGAAAUCUCACUUCCCAAUUCACCGCGCUUGUAGAGAUGGCGACCUGGAGAAUCUGUCUUUGUUGUUGAUCGAAGCACAACACGGAAUCUAUGUUGAAGACAGUUUUUAUGGAUGGACACCUGCUCAUUGGGCUGCUUACUUUGGAAAGUUGUGUUGCCUGAGAAAACUUAUGCAAAGUACUCGGGUUGGCGUAAAUUGUGACAUCGUUACGACGAGGUUUCAACAAACGCCGUGCCACUUGGCUGCUUUCGGUGGACACCCCCACUGUGUACAGUGGCUGCUUCAGUCCAGGGCAGAUAAGAACGCAAAGGACUACCUCGGGGAAACACCUCUACACAAAGCUGCACGCACUGGAAGCCUUGAAUGUGUCAGCCUCCUCACAUCACACGGUGCCACUUUAGAUGUUAAGAACAACAAUGGUCACACUCCCAGCCAAGUCAGUAAGAACUGUGGAUACAUGGAGUGUUCGGCAUACCUUGAAAGAACCAUGACGCAAUAUUACGAGAAACGUCAGCACCUCAGUGGUAUAACCCAGGAUCUCAGUCCGCAUGUGAAUUUUGAGCAGGCCUCUGUCAUGGCGGAAAAAUGUGUCCUCAAUCAGGCUAUUAAUGGUGGUUUGUUACCACCACCAGCGCAUAAUGGAGCUGAUAUUCCCGAGUCUGGCCACCAUGAGGAUGCAGAUAUGGACUCUAUGGAGACAGAAUCUCCUGAAACUGAUACUCACACAAAUGGUCAAAAUGGGUUCCAUAUUGAACCUAUGCAUAAUGGAUCUGGUGAUGCAUUUAGCUCAAAUGGACUAAACGGAGCUAGCAACCAUCAUGAAAAUGGUUUUCUCCCACAUGCACAAAAUGGUCAUGGAGAUGCGAGAAAUGAACAUAUCGCACAACGAACAUCAACUCAGGAAAUGAACGGUGCUCAAUCUGGUGACAUCAUGCUCCAUAAUGACGUUGCGAGGAAUUGUGUGCCAAUCGCUGGGAAAAAAAGGUCCAGAGAGGAUGUAGAGGAAGAGGGUCCUAAAAGAAUGAGACGAGGAGAUGCUGUAUUCACAGAACCAGAGCAGUGGUUUAACCCAUUGCUCUUCAAACCUGUUGAAGAAAGCCCCAUUGAGGACAUGAACUUUGAAGCGCAAGACCUCCAGCCAUAUGAGUCUAUUUUAGCAGUUUCAGCUGAGCCGAUGACCCGCCCUGUUGGCAUAGUUGAUCAAAUGCCUACAAAAUGUCACGCCUACCAGUGUUUCGCUAUUUGAGAUCCAAUUAUCCGGAAUACUUACACUGGUCUCCCUGUGUGUGUGAAUGGAACAAAUGGUCACAGCCCGAGUAAAGCGCCAUCUAUAACCACCAGUCUCGUAGAACAUCAAAGCACAGUAAUGUUGCAAUCAGGUUAUGAC